AUGGGAAAUUGUCCUGUAGAUAAAACACAUCGAAAUCAAUGUCGAGCAUGUCGAUUAAAAAAAUGUACAGAAGCAGGCAUGAAUAAAGAAGCUGUACAACAUGAACGAGGACCAAGAAAUUCAACAAUUCGUCGUCAAAUGGCAUUAUUACUCAAGGAAUCGAGUGAUUUAAUUAAUGCUUAUCAUACUGUGCCAUUUUUACGUACAAAUGGAAUGUCUACACAUGUAAACAUGAAUCUUCAUGCUACAUUAUCAACAUCUACAACAGCCACUACAACAUCCACUACAACAUCUUCAAAUAGAACAAGUUUAUCUUCUCCAGUUACAGCUGUUUCUCCAAUUGUUGUACAUCCCACACCAAAAUAUCCAUUUGAUUUACGAAUUAAUUAUCAUGAUACACAUGAAACAGCAGCAAGAAUAUUAUUUAAUGCUAUUAAUUGGGCAAAAGCUGUUCCUGCAUUUUUCGGUUUAUCCAUUCGAGAUCAAGUAAUGUUAUCACUUCUCGAAGAAGGUUGGAAAGAUUUAUUUGUACUUGGUGCAGCUGAAAAUCAAUUAUCACUUGAUCGAGAUGAUUUAUUGACAAAAGCUGGUAUUAACAGUGAAAAAUUAUCAUCGGAUAUUGAACAAUUACAAGAUUUUAUUCUUAAAUUUAAACAAAUACAAGUCGAUUCUACUGAAUACUAUAUGCUCAAAACUAUUGUUUUAUUUAAAACAGUAACUUCUAACUGUAAUACUUCAUUAAAUAAUUUACAAUUACGCGAUUUACAAAGUAUUGCAUGUCUACAAAGUCAAGCACAAGCACUUCUAAACCGAUAUAUAAUUACUACUUAUCCAACACAACCACUUCGUUUUGCAAAACUUUUAUCAAUGGCACGUUCUCUACUUGACAUAUCACCAUCAACAAUCGAAGAAUUAUUAUUUCGUAAAACAAUUGGUACGAUACGAAUGGAACAACUUGUUAAAGAUAUGUAUAAAAUGCCCGAUAUACCCUCACUAUUAUAG